UUGUUCUUGAGCCUUGUAUUUUUCUGUCUCUCUGUACAGAAUCUGCUGUUGGCUGUGCUCUCAAUGGAGCUUUGGUUUUAGCUGUUCUCUAACAAAGAGCUUGUUCUGAGCUGCACAUCUCGUCCUCAUUUUUCAGCCUCUGGCUUCAACCGCUGAAUCCCAAAUAUUCUCCAGCUGGGAAUCAGACAAGGGCAGAAAUGAAGAACCCAGAAGCCCAACAGGAGGUUUCAGUUUCCCAGGGAUUUCGCGUGAUGUUUUACAUGAUGAAGCCCAGUGAAACUUCAUUCCAAACAUUAGAAGAGGUGCCUGAUUAUGUAAAAAAGGCAACUCCAUUUUUCAUUUCCUUGAUGCUGCUUGAACUUGUUGUCAGCUGGAUUCGCAAAGGGAAGCCACCGGGUCGUUUGGAUGAUGCUUUAACAUCUGUCUCAGCUGGUGUUCUGUCACGACUUCCAGGUCUAUUUUUCAGGAGUGUUGAGCUGACCAGUUAUAUUUAUAUCUGGGAGAACUACAGGCUGUUCAAUUUGCCUUGGGAUUCUCCAUGGACUUGGUAUUUAACCUUCUUAGGAGUUGACUUUGGCUACUACUGGUUCCAUCGUAUGGCUCAUGAAGUUAAUAUUAUGUGGGCCGGACACCAAACACAUCAUAGUUCUGAAGACUAUAACUUAUCCACAGCACUGAGACAGUCUGUCCUACAGAAUUAUACUUCCUGGAUUUUCUACUCUCCCCUGGCCCUCUUCAUACCCCCUUCAGUAUAUGCUGUUCAUCUUCAGUUCAAUCUUCUUUACCAACUUUGGAUCCAUACAGAGGUCAUCAAUUACCUUGGUCCUUUGGAACUGAUUCUUAAUACUCCUAGCCAUCAUAGAGUUCAUCAUGGCAGAAAUCGUUAUUGCGUAGACAAAAAUUAUGCCGGUGUUCUUAUUAUUUGGGAUAGAAUUUUUGGGACAUUUGAAGCAGAAAAUGAAAAAGUUGUAUAUGGUUUAACACAUCCCAUUAAUACAUUCGAACCAAUCAAAGUGCAGUUUCACCACUUAUUUUACAUAUGGACUACAUUCUGGGCCACACCUGGAUUCUUCAAUAAGUUUUCUGUCAUAUUUAAAGGACCAGGAUGGGGUCCAGGUAAACCAAGACUUGGCCUAAGUGAAGAAAUCCCAGAGGUCACCGGGAAAGAAGUUCCCUUCUCAUCACCUGCAUCUCAGCUAUUAAAGAUAUAUACAGUUGUACAGUUUGCUCUGAUGUUAGCAUUUUAUGAAGAAACCUUUGCAGAUGCAGCUGCGCUGUCACCAGUGACUCUCCUUCUGAGGGUUUGGUUCAUUAUCAUGACCUUGACUUCUAUUGGAUUUCUUCUGGAUCAAAGGCCCCAGGCAGCUAUUAUGGAAACUCUUCGUUGCUUGCUGUUCCUAAUACUGUACAGAUUUGGUCACCUGAAGCCUCUUGUCCCUUCCUUAUCAUCGGCUUUCGAGAUUGUUUUUUCCAUUUGCAUUGCUUUCUGGGGAGUUAGAAGCAUGAAACAACUCACCUCUGGCCCUUGGAAAUAACCUGAAUUGGUACAUCAUUCUCUUCUUUUAAUCAGUUGUCCAUAACCAUAUUAUGACUGCAUAUUAAAAUGUAAUUAUCUUCUAUAAUGCUUAUAUGAACUAUUUCUUUAAUGAAAGGUAAAAUUACUUAUUUACUAUUGUUUGCUUUUCACAUUUGUUAUUUUCUAUCAAAAUUAAAGUCAGUUGUGGUUACUUCCCCCCUUUGUUGCUACAAUUAAAAAAAUUUCAAAUAUAAUGAUGUUAUAUUAACCAAUAGCAUAUAAGACAAGUAUAAAAAGAAGAGAUAAAACUUAAAAAACAGUAAAAAAGAAGGAAUAUUGCCCUUGCAUCGAUUUAACAAUGUUUCCUUUGAUAUUUGCUAAAUUUAUGCAUAGAUACAGAUUUGUAGCCAUAAAAAUGUAUUACAUUAGUUGUCUUACUAAGGCCUCAUUUACCUUUCCAAACCAUAUUACCUAAGGAGCUGCAUUCCAGAAAAAGACAUCAGGGAAAGAAAAAUCAAUAGAAUUUGUCAGAAUUAGUGUGUUCAACUGGUUGCUUUGUCAUACAUUUCUCUAAUAUGCUUGAUCAGUUUGUUUUGGCAGACUGAGCAGAAUGCAGCAAUUCUGUAUUACUUAAAAUUGCCACAGCAAUGUUAAUUCUCUAAAUAAAAUUACCCAAGGUGUUGUGUGUACAUUGUUCAUUGGGAUUGUAAAAAUCCGCCAAGUGUUUCAUUAGGAGGAAACUGACAGGGAUAAGCAGGAUGAAGUCCAAAGAAGGAGGACUGGAAAAAGUUUUAAAAAAUUAUUUGUUGUUCAUUUCUCCAAUAUUUCUUGAAAUCAAGUUAAAAUUUAAUAAUUUAAUAAAUGUAAAUAAUCAAAGAUGCAUGCAUUAAAAAAAAUAAUGGUGUCCUUCAUUGAGCUUUGCCUGUAUUUAUCACUGGGUUAAAGAGCCUGACUAGUAGAUAAUCUCAUAUUAGAAAUAUGUUAUUUAAUCUUUGAAUGGACAAAAAUAUUGGAGUAUUAAGAGAAUCUGCAGGUGUCUGUGUGAACUCAGGAUACAGAAUUGUAGCACAUUUAGUUUUCCAAAUGGAACAACAGAGGAAAAUUAAAUUUUGCAUGAUGGAAAUGUAACAAAUUCUAUCUCAAGUAUCAGAAGUGGGUUUGGCUUUGCUUCAUUCUUUUUACACUGCUUAAUUUUACACAUAGUUAUAGAAAAUAUGUAAGCCUGUAACAAAUAUUAAAUCCUGCUUUGGUCCCUUACCAACUAUUUUUGCAGAGUUUUUGUGUGUACAGAAUCAUGUUACAGUAGGGAGCCCUCUGCUGGCUUGAAAUUAUGAAAUUUAAGAUCUAAAUGUUCUCAAAACCCUGAUUUUACAUUCUAGAGACUUUUCAGUGUGUAAAACACAUUCUUUAGUAAUGGCAAAG